CUCAAGGAGGGGGCGGAGCUACGCGCCGCAGAGGCAGAAGUGAGCGGAGCCAACAUGGCGGCCGCUGGCGGAAGGCUCCUGGCGCGGAGCAGCGCCGCGGGAUGCAGAGGCUUCUGCACCCGCAGCAGCGCCAACACAGACCCUCCUGCCACCUUCCAGCCGCCCACCAAGCCGGACCCUUCUGCCUUCCAGCCGCCCACCAAGCCGCAUUUCGUGGACAAGGUCAAGCUGGAGUUGCAGAGGAGGUUCUUGAGCCCUGAAUUUAUCCCACGGAGACAAAGAACAUCGCCUUUUAAAUUCUACAUAGAGAGACUGGACAUGAUCCAGAGGAGGAAAGUAAUUCACAUUCCAGAGUUCUACGUGGGAAGUAUACUGUCCGUUACCACCGCAGAUCCAUAUGCCCAUGGCAAAACCAGCCGUUUUGUAGGAAUUUGCAUUCAGAGAGGAGGAAACGGACUUGGUGGUACCUUUGUACUUCGGAAUGUUAUAGAAAGGCAAGGUAUUGAGAUUUGCUAUGAAUUGUAUAACCCUCGAAUCCAGGAGAUCCAGGUUCUGAAGUUGGAGAAGAGACUGGAUGGCAACCUGAUGUAUUUACGGGACGAUCUUCCUCAAUACAGUACUUUUGAUGUGAAUAUGAAGCCUGUGCAUCUUCCAGCUUAUGAGGAUGUUCCUGUAAACACGCAAAAAGUCAGAAUGAAGCCUAAGCCCUGGUCAAAACGGUGGGAACGACCAAAAUUCAACAUUCAAGGAAUCAAGUUUGAGCUAUCUGAAGAAGAAAUGGAAGAAGCCAAAAAAUGGAACAAGCCCUGGGUACCAUUUGACAUGAUGCGAGAGUAUGACACUUCAAAACUAGAGAAGGAAAUAUGGGAAGAAGUGCAUGAAGGGCUGAAAAAAUAAUCCAAUUUUUUAUAUGGUGGAGACCUGUUAUGGAAAUGAGGCCCUGCCUUUGAGGCUAAUACAUAGUUCCAUAGUUGUAUAUAAUAUAUACAUAGAAACUAAAAUAAAGGUGAUCUUUUCAGAGAGUAA